AUCCACUGGAAUCAUAAAAGAACAGAGCGGAGCAGCUGCACUUCCGCGUCGAGAAAUCAUUAGAGCUCAAGAAAACAGGUCAGCAAUGGAGGCCACGGCGACGCCAAGAACCCAAGAAGUGAUGAAGCCCGAGCCCGGCACGGCCAAGGUGACCGUGGACGAGGUGACGCUCCGCAAGUUCGAGCUGUCCGACGUGGACGCGAUGAUGGCGUGGGCGUCGGACCCGCAGGUGGCCGCCGUGUGCCGGUGGGAGCCCUACGAGUCGACGGAGCCGCUGCUGGCCUUCAUCCGCGACGUGGUACUCCCUCACCCGUGGUUCCGCGCCAUCUGCCUCCGCGGCGAGCCCCGCCCCGUCGGCGCCGUGUCCGUGUCCCCGACGGGGGACCCGUGCCGCGCCGAGCUCGGCUACGUGCUGGCGCGCGCGCACUGGGGCCGGGGCGUGGCCACGGCCGCCGUGAAGCGCACGGUGGCCACGGUGUUCGCCGAGGUGCCGGGGCUGGAGCGCGUCGAGGCGCUCGUGGACGUGGCCAACCCGGCGUCGCAGCGCGUGCUGGAGAAGGCCGGGUUCACGAGGGAGGCCGUGCUCCGCAAGUACGGCGCCAUCAAAGGCGUCGUCAGGGACAUGGUCAUGUCCAGCUUCAUCGACACCGACCCAGUGCCCGAGUGACUUGAGCGCCCCUGUUGCAAAUCUUUUGCUGUCGGAUGCAUCCAGUUCCGAAUUUGAAUGCAAGCACUUCCAAUUGUUUCCU